AUGGUGAUGCCAAAUAUUUAUAAUAUGGAAUCUAAUAAUCCAACACUUUGUUCCCAAGUUAAUCAACCAACAAAUGGACAAAUUGAAUUAAACUAUCAUAAUCAUAAUCAUAAUAAUAAUGGUGACAUUACCCAUGAAAAUACUCCCAGUAACAUUUAUACCCAUUUAGGAUUUGCAUUACAUAAUCCUUUAAUUAAUCAAUCCUUACAACAUCCAACGACAUCGAUUGGGAAUUCAACGAAUCAUUCAUUUCAAUCUUUGAUAAAUGAGAAUCAUAUUGGAAGAAAUGUUGACAUUACAAAUGAUCUAAUAAAAUUGACAAAUCUAUCAACAGGAGAUUUAUAUUGUUCAGAUAAUCAAUUGGAAAAUGUAACCUUUACGUCAAGUUUUGUUCCGUCAAAUAAUGAAACAGUCCAUUCGAACAUACAACAAGAUCCAAGUCAAAGUUAUACUUAUUCAUAUAAGACUAAUAAUAAUAAUGAAUCAGUAAUGGGAUUAUCAGACCUUAAAUACUUUACAAGUUUAAAUAAUGAAGAAAAUGAAAGACGAUUCAAAGAUGAUGUCAAAGAAUCAGUAUGUAUUUACACUGAAGCACCAAGUACCAUGACAACAAUGACAAAUAAUAUAAAUGAAACUUCAUUUAUCCCAUUAUUUGAUCCAAUUGUUUGGAAUUCAACUCAUUGGAAACAAUUUGCAACCAUAGCACAGAAUUCAUGUCAUGAUACUAUAACGGAUCCAUUGAUAUACAAUCAGAUGGCUGGAAUCCAUAAAACUAAUCUCACUAAUUUUUGUCCUAUGGAUAAAACAACAAGUGAUUUAUCUACUUCUUUGACAAGAUCUAAUUUAUCCAUUUCAUAUCCAUUAGAUACUUAUAACCAUUUGACUACAUUGACUUCAUCAAAUUUUACUGAUUCAAAUGUGUUCAAUACUCAAUUAUCAAGUUACUUAACAAAAAAUUCUAGAAAUCUAAAUGAGUGUAGUAGUGGUAAUGGAAGUAAAUUUCCGUUACUACCAUCUUUAUUGACUGACUGUUCAAGUUCUUCAACUUCAAUGACAACCGUCAGUUCUGAAUCAACAUUAAAAUAUCAUUCAAAUGAUUAUGAUCAUCAAAAUUUGUUUCAAUACAAUCCUUCAUCUGAUAGUACAUUGACACAGUUCUACAAUAAUUGUAAUGCAAAUAAUUCAUUACGAAAACUUUAUCAUGAACAAAAGACAUAUAGUACUAAUAACAACAAUAGUAGUCUUAAUGGUCCAAACUCUAUAGCCUUUAAUGGUAAUAAUAACCCUAACCAAAUGUGUAUCGUAAAGAAUAAUUUUAAUCAACAGUUCAAUGUUUCAAAGUCAAUCAAUCCAAUGUUCAAUCAUUCAGAAGAAGAAUCUAAUAGUCAUAGAGAAAUGGACAAACUUGGGGAUCAUUGUCAAUACAAAGCCUAUCCAGAUGAAUGCCCAUCUUCUUCAUCAUCUUCUGAUAAUGGAUCAAUGAUAAAUCGUGAUCUAUCAAAAUCUUCACCAUCAUUUACAUUGAACCAAUCAUCUAAUAAUAAUAAUCAUACUCAAUCAUAUUAUAAUACAACAAUCAUUAAUCCCAAUGAAUCAGGUCUAUAUCAUGAUGAAUCCAUUUUAAAUCAUUGUCAUGAUGAUCGUUUCAAUAAUAAAAUCAAUAGCCUAAGUAGUAAUAAUGAAAAUACCAAUCCUCAUCCAACAAACAAUCCAGUCAUAGAAAUGAACCCAACCAUCAAUCCUCUAAUAACAAGUCCAAUAUUAUCUAACUUUUCUAAUUCAUCAUCAUCAUGUUUAAGUAUAACACAAUUACAUGAAAAACGUAAACAACGUAGAAUUCGUACAACAUUUACUAGUUUACAAUUGAAAGAACUUGAGAGAGCAUUUCAAGAAACCCAUUAUCCUGAUAUAUAUACUAGAGAAGAUUUAGCAUUAAGAAUUGAUCUUACUGAAGCUAGAGUUCAGGUUUGGUUUCAAAAUCGACGUGCAAAAUUUCGUAAAACUGAACGUAUUAUUCAACCGGAUACUACAACAACUACAUCAUCUUCAAUCCCAAUAAAUAUGAAUAACAUUGAACAUAAUCCAUCUUUAACCAAUGUUCAACUUACAUCACCGGAUAACUCAAUCUAUAAUCCAAAAUUACUUUCCAGUGUUUCAUUAGAUGAUCAAGAUAAACUUCACAAAGCAAUUGACGCUUAUAAUACUAUGGAUAAAUAUGAAACGAACACCACUAAUGAUCUAUUAAAUAGAAUGAAGGAUACUGAUCUUCCACAUCAAUCAUCAACAUCACCGUUAUCAUACCAUUCACAAGAUGAAUUAAAGUAUUCCAACGAAAUCAUUGAACCAUUUAAAAGAUCAGGACAUCAGAAGUUUUCCAAUGAAUUUUAUCCACCAUUGAAAGAUUCACUUUUUUCUGUAAUGCAUAAAUCAAACACAUUACAUUAUUCAAUUAUACCAAGUAAAUCAUAUAUAGAUUGGUCAAAUUGCUGUCGUCAAGGAGAUAAUGAUUCUAUAAACAAUAAUAUAAUGAAUAGUACUACUAUUACUACUACUACCGCUACUACUCAUAAUAAUAAUAGUAAUGUACAUCCAUUAUAUAAACUUACCCAAACCUGUAGACAAGUCGAUAGGCUAUUAGUUGGUGGAGCAAAUGAUACACCAUUGAAUAAAUUUAAUAAAAAAAUUUCAGAUAAACAACAAAAAAAAUAA